AUGUCUCUCUCAUGGCACCAGCGGAAAAAUCGGUUGGCGUCGCUGCUCAAAACCGACGGAGGAGACGAAGAUGCAGAAGGACUAGCACUUGAUCGCCUCAUGCAUGGUCAGAAUGUAAUUGGGAAGACAGCGAAGACAACAGAGGUCGAUGCUCUGCGAUUCAAAGAUAGAGACCUUGAUGUUGUUGGAACCUUGGAAUAUGGUCAGUUCGGCGUGAUCGAUGUUGUUACAUGCAAAUUAGACAAUUGCGUCUACGUACGCAAAUCGAUCCAAAAGAAAUUUGCAUUGCGGACUAGAGAUCAAUGCUCUCCCCAAUUCGAGCGAGAUAUCCUUCUUCAAGCGUUGAAAACCGAUACACCAUGGGUGCCACAUCUUUUAUGUGCAUUUCAAACGCCCACUCAUCUCAGCCUGGUCAUGGAUUAUGCUGAAGGCGGUACUCUCUGGGAUGUUCUCGAAUCAAGUCCUCACGAUGGGCGGAUCCUUGAGUCCGAUAUGAUGUGGUGGAUCCCACAGAUUGUCAGUGCCAUCCACUGGUGCCAUCUUCAAGGCUUCGUGCAUAGAGACAUCAAACCUCACAACUUCGUUUUGACGCCAGAUGCACAUCUCCAGCUCAUCGAUUUCGGCUCUUCUGCUCCUCUUCUUCCUCCAAAUCCGGACGGCAGUCAACUCAUCGCCAAGCGCUAUUGCCUCGUUCCCUGCGGAACAUGUGAUUACAUAUCUCCCGAAAUUUUGCAGGCACACGAGGAGGCUCUUUUAGCUCUUGAGAUGGAAGAUGAAGAUGAACCCAUUAAGUUUGGAGAAACAAAGGAAACAGAAGGCUAUGGUCUUGAGACCGAUUGGUGGAGCUUGGGUGUCAUGCUAUAUGAAAUGGUUUACGGGGUUGCACCAUUUUUCGCCAAUGACAUUAGGCAGACAUACACUAGGAUAAUGAACCAUGAGAAAAGCCUACGAUUCGACCAAAAGGUGGACGUCUCACAUGAAUAUCAACAUUUUUUGCGGCGGUUACUGACACAUGCAAAACAACGUCUAGGUCGUCGAAAUGUGAUGGAAAUAACAGAUCAUCCGUUAUUUAACGGAGUUAAUUGGACCACUCUUUCGACCGUUCCAGCACCAGCUGACUUACAUCUUCCUCAGUUUACUUACGCCUCACCUGAGCAACCUGCGCAACCUGAUGAGAUACCAAUGAAUGAACCAUAUGAAGAAUCGGCGUCUCUCUCACAAGGAUUUGCUUUUUCAGCCUUUUUUCAGCCAUCCUCCAAUAUAUCACCAGGACUGUCGGUCUUGAGACCCAGUCCAGGUUCAACAUCCAAGCACCUUAACACUCCUCUGGCGGUAUCUACGGAGGGUGCCUCAAAUUCUGCGACCAGUUUUAUUGGAUUUUCAUGGGGUCCAAACCGAGAUGCCUUCCCUGACGAAACUCCAGCGGCGACGUCGGUUUUGUAUACCAGUCAAAGUUCAGAAACACAGCCAACACCAAGACCUCUCAUACGUACCCCUCUUCGCCCACAGCAAGUACAUCAAACACCCGGACCCUUCAAUCACACGCAUAACACACUUUCAGUUCCCCCAACCUGGGGCCCUGGUACAUUUUCCACCCCUGGUCCCUUCCAUGCAUUCAGUACGCCUGUGAAGGCUUACGCAGUUUCACCUUAUGCUACCCUCCCACGCACGAGUACAAUUCGUCGGACAGCACCCCGGCGGAACGUUUCGGAUCGCGAAGCUAUGAAACAGCUCGUCGACUGUGUCGGGAUGAGUGCGCGGAAAAAGGUUUUGGAGAGUGGGAGAAAGCCGAAAGUUUUGAACAUAUUCGGAAGCAAGGGCGCCAACUCGGGGCGACGUCGAUCCGGGUCUAUGACGGGAACUAUGAGUAAGGGAACAGACGGAACGAGGAAGGAGCUUCGGUUUGAUCGAUUCACGACCCCAAUCCCGCGGCCUGAUUACAGUGGUGUAAGCUCGAUAGGACGUUCAGCAGUCAUCCCAGAGCUAAAAUUCAUUAUCGAUGAGCACCACGACGCCUCCGAUGUCUCCUACCCAUACCCACCUCAGCAAAUUUACAAUGAAGAUACAGAUCAGUAUGUAUCUUCAGAGACGUCGGAUUCAGAAGGUGGAGGCCCACCUAGCCCUAGUCCGAGUCCUCGACCAGGGUCAGCCAUGUCAAUGAUGUCAAUGUCGAGACGAAGUGCUACUCCGACUGUCAGUGGCUGUUUCAGCUCAACGGGCAUGCUAAGCCGGAAGCGCUCUAUGUCUGGUUCAAAUUUGGUUCCUCUAGCGGAUCGCAGUGUCACGGCCACGACUACCACCACAUCCAGCGGUCUGCUUAGCAUUCCUUCUACUGGCGCCAUCAAUUUGGACUUUAAAAUUGGCAAGCCGCCGCCGCCAUUGGCUCAAGUCUCGCCAAUGAACAUGCCUCUUGGCGAACCCAUGAAGAUUGUGGAACGGACAUUUUCCCGACCUGAGGUCACGAAGGCGCAGGCACAAGAUAGUGACCCACAAGUAUCACUUGAUAACAAGUCUAGUUUUCCUCCCUUAUUGCUACCAAGACCUCCAGCUCAGACACAUCGUCGUAGGCAUUCAGUAGGCACGAAGAAGCAGGUUAACUCUAGUGGAUGUGACACGGAUUCAACUAGGCCUGUUUCUUUCCUCGAGGAAGAUGAUAAAUCUCUAGAUCGAAUGCCACCCCAGACCCAGACUCACCGCAGACGGCAUUCCGUUGGGACGACAAACAGGGGGUAUAACAUGGCUGAGCAAUCUUCUAAGGAAUGGUACGACGAACUGGAGAGGAGGCAUGCUACAAUCAUGGAAGAUAUCGAGAGUCUAGAGAACAGAUUCUAUGAAUUAUCACGCGUAGUGGGCAAUUGA